CAUGGCGGCGCAGAGUGAGGGUGGUGGUAAAGACGAGAUAAAAACACACUUUGCCACCAGAGAAGGAUGUUACAAAUUAAUGCCACUGUCUGAAUAUUCAAAGCCGACACGUGUGGCUUACAAUGGACAAGCAAAUACCCCCGUUAAGGUGUCAUUUGUUAGUGUGAACGAUGGACAAGGAUCACCAGAUAGAUUAUGUUUUAACGUUGGCAGGGAGCUUUACGUCUAUGUUUACAAGGGUGUGAAAAAGGCAGCUGACCUUACAAGACCUUUGGACAAAAGAAUCUACAAAGGAACUAUGCCAACGUGUCACGAUUUUAAUGAAUAUUCUGUCACUUCUGAACCAAAUGACAGUGUUCUUUUGCUGGUGGGCUUUACAGCUGGACAAGUGCAACUUAUUGAUCCAGUCAAGAAAGAUAUAAGCAAACUUUAUAAUGAAGAGAGGCUAAUAGAUAAAACAAAAGUAACCUGUAUCAAAUGGAUUCCUGGCUCCCCCAACCAGUUCCUGGUGUCUCAUGGUAGUGGACAGAUGUAUCUCUACAACGAGGAGCUGCCCUGUGGCCCUGCCCCGCCCCACUACCAGCCCUUCAAACAGGGAGAAGGUUUUUCGGUCUACACCUGUAAAACUAAAAGUACACGAAACCCAUUAUACCGCUGGGUAGUAGGUCACGGAACCAUUAAUGAAUUUUCUUUCUCGCCUUGUUCACGUUACUUGGCAGUUGUUGGUCAAGAUGGAUUUUUACGAGUAUUUAAUUUUAACUCCAUGGAGCUUGUCGGUUGUAUGAAGAGUUACUUUGGUGGACUUCUGUGUGUGUGUUGGUCGCCAGAUAGCAAGUACCUGGUGACUGGUGGUGAAGAUGACCUUGUUACGGUGUGGUCUUUUCAAGAAAAGAGAGUUAUAUGCAGGGGACAGGGUCAUGGUUCAUGGGUUAAUGUUGUUGCAUUCGAUACUUACACAUGUACUUGUGAGGACGAGGCUUGUGAAUGGACAGGGGAAAGCGACUUGACGCUGAACUGCCAGGUUAACCAUACAAGUCAAAAUAGUGUAUUAUCAGAUGUUCCACAAGCAAACGGGGCGCACAUACAUCCUCAUCAGAAUUCCUUGGACACUAAAAAACUGAGAUUCACGUCGUACCGGUUUGGUUCUGUGAGUCAAGACACUUGUCUUUGUUUGUGGGACUUGACAGAGGACGUCAUUAAGCAGCCGUACGGCAGGACUAGAACCAGUGUUAUUGCAAACUCGGCCAGUGCACUGCCCCGGUGUAAUAGCUUGCCUAACUCUCAGAAAAACAAUUCGGUUGGAAACAGUGAUGUUCCAGCGAUGGACUGUAAUGCACACUCCAUUCAGAAUGCAGUGAUAAAUGCUGGAAAUAAGUUUGCAACAUUAUCAGUGGCGGAUCGGAAAGAAAGCCAGGAGAAGAAAGAACACAAGAGAAACUUCAGUUUGGCAAGUCGGAAUACUGAUAAAGUGAACGUUCUCAAGUCUAACCAUGUCAGGCCUAUAGAUGAAUCAAUAAAACUUCUAGGUAGUUCGUGCUGUCCGAGACUUGACGAGGUUCCCGUGUUAGAGCCCGUCAUUUGCAAGAGAGUGGCACAUGAACGAUUGACAUCACUCGUGUUUCGGGAAGAGUGUAUUGUAACUGCUUGCCAAGAAGGAUUAGUGUACACAUGGGCUAGACCUGGAAAUGUAAGUUCUAAUGGACACGAUGGAUGAGUUUCAUCACUGGUUGUUUCUGGCUAAAAGUAAAAGUACUUUAAUGUGCACAGUGCUGACAGGUAUCUGAAAGAUGUUCCAGAUGUCAUUUUGUUUCCACAUUGACAGAGAGCCACGAGUGGAUGGUGAUGAGCAAGUAUAGAUUGACUGCUAUGUAUUGGGAGUUGAUGGACGCAGUGACAGUUUUCUGGUCACAUAGAACACUGCACAAGACACAUUUUACUGUGUAUUGGACCAUGGUGUUAGGACCAUUCUUGACGAGAACCAGCAAACGUGAAGAAAAAGUUAAAAUGUCUAAAUACACCUCAGCAUUUUGUUAGUCACUGGCUUUUAGAUGUGAAACGAGUACUUAGUAAUAUUGAAAUGUCUUUUAGUAGCAAUCUACCAACACAUAAGAUAGUUUUUAAAAUUAGCAACAAAGUUUUAAGUUUCAUUAUAAUAUGUACUGCUGCAAACUGGGCAGCACAUACCACAGAAGAAGAAUUGGUUUAUGAUCUGUUGCACCUCAACAGGAAUCUCAGCUACAUGGUGUUCAUGUACGUCAGUGAGCUAAAUCCCACUUAAAUACCAAGUGUAAAUGUUUAGUAUAUUGUGCACAUCUAGCUUUCAAUGGCCUUAAAGGUGCAGACCCUAGUUUUAACUUGGAAAAAUGGACACUAAGUUUAGUUAAUCUUCAAACCUGUAACACAUUUGAAUAAAGUUACAACAGAGUGAAAGAAGAGUAUGUGAUCGAUUGAUUAAUUUUGUUGGUUGGUUAAUGGUAAGGCUGGUAUAAAUCCUUAGUUUAUAUUACUGUCAUGCAUAAGCCUCAGUAGCUAUUUUUCUUAAUCUUAAUGUUCAAAACUUUAACCCCCCCCCCAAAAAACCCAAUAAAAUAGUAUGAUUUUAUUUUGAUGUCUGAAUAAAAUAGAAGAUUUAACAGUAUCAUAACUUAUACUGUGAUUCAAAUACAUUUUCAAACUACAGUUGAACCUGCCGUAUAUAUAUAUAAAGAACAAAGCUUGUUUUGUUUAACGACACCACUAGAGCACAUUGAUUUAUUAAUCAUCAGCAAUUGGA